AUGAAGUGGACACUCUUCGGUGAUGCGAAGCGGUCAAACAGACCGUCCCUCCGUUCUCGUGGCAGUUUAUUGAUUCACUGGAAUGAAGAUACUGCCAUUGUGUUCGAUCCUGUUAAGCAAAAAUUCUUCAAAGACUCCGUUGCUAGUAUCCAGGCGGAAGAACAAUCGGUGCCGUACCAGAAGAUAGAGAUCCCACGAUACGACAACUCCUUCGAUUGCUACGCCAAAGCCAAGAAUGCGGAUCAGAAAGUGUUCUUGGGUACCAUCGACCUUUCGAAACUCGGCAAGACAAUUAACCUCCAUCGAGCCCGAGGACAUAUUCCCUAUUUGUACAUAAUAGGCAAUGUUGAAGUACCAACAUGA